GAAGCUUCCAGACUACGUUUAGUUCACCGCUACUAUCGUCGGAAGAGAGAGAGAGAGGGAGAGGGAGAGAGAGAGAGAGAGAGAGGAGAGCAUUUCGUCGAGCAUGUCGGACAGCGGCGUCGUGAUGGUCUACGGCAACGGUGCGACCCUGACGGAGCUGAAGAAGUCGUCCACCUUCUCCGUGAAGGUGGGGUUGGCGCAGAUGCUGCGUGGCAGGGUCAUCAUGGACGUGGUCACGCCCGAGCAGGCCCGCGUUGUCGAGGAGGCGGGCGCCUGUGCCGUCAUGGUGCUUGAGCGUGUCCCUACAGACAUCCGCGCCCAAGGCGGUGUCAUCCCCUGGGUGGUGCCACCGUCGGCCAGGAAUUAUGGGUCCAAAUGGGCUGAUCCAUUCGGCCCAAUUUGGAAAGGAAUGGGAUAUUUAUUGGCCAUAAUUGCUUCAAAAUUGAAGCCCAAAAGUGUCUCAUCCCGGGUUUCCGGGUUAUUGGCGGUACCACCGCCUAACACUCUGACACUGGGCGGUACCACUUCCCAAUCUGAUGGUACUACCACCUAA